AUGGAAGCCCAAAUCAUUAAUGCUAUCCAAAUAGCGUUGAGUGGAACAUCUGAUCAAAAGCUUCAACUACAAGCGUACGAAUUUCUCAAUGAAGUCAAGGCAACAAAAGAUGGUUACAACACAGCUUUAGACUUGAUCUCCAAGUCAACUACAUCAGAAAUCAACAGCGAUCUAAAAUUUUUUCUUUACCAAGUUAUUGAGGAAAAUGUAGGUAACUUGACCCGUGAAGAGUGCCAUCAACUUUGUCAAAUAGUGUUGAAAACAUUGACUGCGUUUAUUUCAAAUGACAUCAAGGACCCAACGUAUUUGAGAAACAAGUUCGCCCAAAUACACGCCAAGACAUUUACACUGGUGUAUAUAGACAUUCACCCGAACUAUAUCAACGACUUGCUAGACUUGAUCCUGUCGGGUAAUCAGUUGGCACUCGAUUAUUAUACGAGAAUUUUAAUCAAUAUUCACUCCGAGAUAGGUGACAAGUACAUUGCCCGCACUCAAGAAUGGACAGAAAGAAACGCAGUGAUUAAAGAUGCGAUAAGGGACAAGAGCAUGAAUGAUUUGGUGGCAAGUUGGUUCAAAAUUUUGGCAAAUGGUGGGAAUUCUGAAGAGAUUUUAGAAAACACAUUGAUCAUCAUUGGUCUGUAUGUGGAUUGGAUGGACAUUGCUUUAUUUGUGACUCCACAGUGUAUAAACACCGUUGUCGGCUACCUCACUCGUAAUCAAGAGAGAAACACGACAUGUACGGCUUUGAUCCAAAUACUAUCCAAGAAAAUGCCACCAGAGGAUAAGCUAGAGUUGAUUUCGUUACUCAACUUGACAAAUAUCAUAUCAUCCAUACAAUUAGCAGAUGAUGUUGAAUUUGAAGAACAUGUAGCGAAGUUGGCAAACCAAAUAGGGGAAGAGUUGUUGUACGUUUUGGGAAACGAACCUACCUUGAUUAACCAAGUUAAUGAACACUUGUACACGUUGUGGCCAAUAAUCCUUACUUUUUUGAGUCACGAAUACGACGAUGUUUCACAAAAUGUUUUCCCCUUUAUUCAAAUGUUUUUGAGUGCUUGUAAAAAGAGUGCUUCAUUGUACUCAGUUGAGCUAUUGUCCACGCUCUUGAACAAAAUCAUAUUGAAAAUGAAAUAUGACGCGGAUGAUGAGGAUGACGAUGAAGAUGACGAUAGCGAAAGACAGUUUACAGAGUUUAGAGCCAGGCUAAAACUUUUCCAAGAUCAAAUAGCCGGACUCGCUCCUGAUUUGUACAUAGAAGCUAUCCCAGUUGUCAUCAAUGAGUCGCUUUUCGAAGGCGACAAGUCGUGGAAUAAGUUGGAGUUGGGGUUGUUCGAAUUGAGCAAUUUUUCAGAGAGCUUAAAGAUGAACUUGAUCAAUGUUCCAAAAAACAAGGUCAGCGAAAGUAAGCCCUACAUGAUUUUUCAACAAUUUUUGGUCAAAUUGAUUGAUUCUUCCUUCAUUCUAGAAGUCAAUCAUCCACAUAUUCAGUCGAGCUUUUUUGAGUUGGUGGUGAAGCAUUAUAGUUUUUUGAACUCACAUGAGAACAGGCGUGAUUUGGUGCUUCGAAUCUUGGAAAUUUUCACAUCACCUUUAGGGUUGUUUAAUGAAAAUGAAAAAGUCCGAUUAAGAAGCUGGUAUUUGUUUUUCAGAUUUAUGAAACUCACAAAACCUAAAUUGGACAAUGAACAAAUGAUUGAACAAGUUGUGAUGAAGUUGAAACCUUUACUCGUUAUCAAAGCUGAACUCCCCACUCGAGAUGAAGACGACGAUGUUGUUGAAAAUGGAAAUUUUAACAAUCAACAAUAUCUUUUCGAAACAAUCGGGUUAAUCAUUUCCCUUAUCCCUCAAGAGUAUACUCCAGUCAAGGUCAAACUCAUUGAGUCUGUUUUCCAACCAAUCUUUAACGAUUUGGAAAAAUGCAUUUCAAUACAAGACAAGGAACUCAUUGUAGUCCUACAAGCACAUCAUUCGUUGAUGGCAUUGGGAACUGUUGUGCGAGGAUACGACUACGAGGCAAAUCUCAAAUACCCACCAGAGGUUGUCGAAAAAGUCAAUAAUGCCGCACAAGUUGUUUUGAUCACAUUGGAGAAUUUUUCCAAGUUUGAAACGAUUAGAGAUGCAUCGCGAUUCGCAUUUGCCCGAUUUGUUCCCUUAUUGAGCAGUUCUGUCAUUUGCGGCCAUUUAACCAAAUUGAUUACAGUAAUUUGGUCAGCGCCCAAUUUGAAAAUCAGUGAGAUUAGCGAUUUCAUGAGCUUUUUGGGACAAAUUGGACACACAUACAAAUCCGAUGAUAAUAUUUAUCAAUUGCUCAACAACUUCUUUACACCGUUAUUUUCCAAGGUGUUUCAAACAUUGGAGCAACAAGUUACAGAGGAUGAAAAUUUACGACCAGAUAUAAUCAGAGAUAAAAACUUUCUCAAGAAGUCACUACUCAAUUUCUUAAACUCAAUCAUCACUAACCACUUGUCGAGUUUAUUGGUGACGGAAACUAAUAAAAAUGAAUUCCCCACUAUUGUGUCCAAGUUGUUUGAAUAUUCCUAUGAUUUGUCAGAUACCGGUGCUUCGAAAUUGGCAAUUGUGCAACUCAUUAACCUAGUCAAUGUUUUUGGCGAUGGGGGCAAAAUCACUGAUGAGAAGGAUUUAUACGGCCAAUCGCUUCCUGCUAUUGAAGGCGUAGAUGAGUUUUUGAUGGAAAAAGUGGUUCAAUUGUCGUUUGAAUUACCUUUCCAAAGACAAGAAUUUGUUUUGGGUGAUGCGCAGUAUAGAUUGAUUGCUCAGGAUAUCGCCAUGUUGCUCAAAACGUACCAGCAAAAGAAGGGAGAAAGCUUUAUCAAGUUUCUCUCAACUUAUUUGAUCAAUAUGGGGUUGAGUCAAGAUUUACUUGGUGAUUUCUGCACAAAUUUGAUCAAUUUGGACAUUAAGGAUUUUAAAAAGUAUUUUGUCACUUUUGUCAAUCAAAUGAAGGGAAGUAAAUAG